AUGAAAUCUUUUCUGUGGAGAGCAGCUAGUGAGUCUCUUGCCACUAAUCUCAACUUGCACAAGAGAAAGGUGGUGGUGUCUCCACAUUGUCCUAUCUGCUUUAUGCAUCCUGAAUCAGUUGCACAUGCUCUCUGGACUUGUUUAGCAGCCCAAGAUGUGUGGUCUAUGAGCUUUAGAAGGAUACAAAAACUAUGUAUGCAGGAUGGUUCCUUCAAAGAAAUUCUGAUGCCAAUGUUGGAUCAACUAUCCCUAUUGGAACUUAUAGAGAUAGCUGUUAUUGCUAAAGCUGUUUGGCACAGAAGGAAUUAUUGUCUGUUUGAGCAGCAUUUUCACCCUCCUAUCCAAAUGUCUAAACAGGUCCUUUCUGAGCUGAAUGCCAUUGGCACUUGGCUAGAGAACUUGGAAAAAAGGAUUAAGGUCCAGGCUAAUUGGGAUGCAGCCAAAGAUAAAGGCAACUCGAGAUUGGGAAUUGGUGUGAUUGUCAGGGAUUUGGAUGGUUACAUCAUAGUCUCUUUAUGCUCAUCUAUUCCCUUAACUCCUGAUCCAUUUCUAGGAGAAGCAGUAGCUACUCUAAGAGCUACUUCUUUGCAUGCUGAAUUGGGCUUACACCAAUUCAUCUUAGAAGGGGACUCUCUUGGUGUAGUGAAGGCUAUCCAACAAGGAAAUGAGAUUUGGAGUUCCACUGGUAUGGUUAUUAGAGACAUAAAGGUGUUAUUAUCCAAGGUUCGUGGAUGGUCUAUCCAACAUGUUCCUAGGAAAGUCAAUGUAAUUGCCCGUGUUUUGGCAAAAUUUGCCCUGACCUGCUUGGAGGACUAUAUUCUUAUUGAGGACUAUCCUCCAUGUAUUCACCAUUUGCUCUAA